AUGAACUACACCAUCCCGAGCCCGACGUCGCCGGCGCGGGGCCGGGGCCUGCUCGCCGCCCGGGCCGUCCGUCCCGGCGACAUCAUUGCCGUGUUCGACGGAGCCGGGACCCCGGCCAUUGCCAUCCCGGACUCGAACCACCUCGCCCACACCUGCAGCUACUGCCUCGCCACGCCCGCCGACAACAACGACACCACCACAACAACACCGCCCGUCAAGCUGCGUGCCUGCACCGGCUGCCGGGUCGUCGCCUAUUGCAGCCCGGCAUGCCAGAAGCGCGACUGGCAGCUCGUCCACAAGCUCGAGUGCAAGGUCUUCCAGCGCGUCCGCGCCUCGACCUCGGCCUCUGGGCAUGUCGCUCUCCCGACGCCGGUGCGGGCUCUCGUGCAGAUCCUCCUCCUCCGCUCCGAUGCGGAUCGGAAUGCCCUCGUGGGUAAGCUCGAGAGCCAUGUCGACGACUUUAGGCGGCUGCCACCUGGUAAUGUCAACGACAGUAACAGGUCCAGUGCCGAGGCUGUGAGCUGGCAGGACAUGGAGCUCCAGGCCAUGGCUGCGCUGCACUACCUUGGCCGCGCGGUGGGCGAGAGGGAGAAGAAUGAGGCACUGGAGGUGCUCUGCAAGCUGCAAGUCAACUCCUUCAACCGCCUCGACGCAGACAUCGGGCAGACGGGCCUGUUCCUGCACCCGCAGCUGGCCAUGGUCAACCACUCGUGCUUGCCCAGCGCGUACGUGCAGUUCUCCGGCCGCGUUGCCGUGCUGCGUGCGUACCAGGCCAUCAACGAGGGUGACGAGGUCGAGAUAUCAUACAUCGACCAAGCUCUGCCUCUCUCCCAGCGACAAGCAAGCCUCAAGGCUCGGUACCAUUUCACGUGUGCCUGUCCUCGCUGCGCCGAAGACCUCGACGUGUAUCAGGCCUGCCAGCGUUAUCCUCACUUACAGCUCAACGACCUAAGCCUGGCGACCGACCUUUCUGAGCUCAUCCGCCAACAGACCUCGCCGCCGCUCAGCAAGACCAAGGACUUCUCCAAGGCCAUAGCCCAGGUCCAAGCGUCCUUUACUUCCCUUCCCACGCCGCCUCGCAGCAGCUCGGGCGCUACCACAACAGCAGACGCAGGCUCGACCGAGGACCUCCGCCGUCGCUGGUCCCUCUGCCAACCACUUCUUCUCGCCGACACCACCCACUCAACUCCCUUCGCCAUACAUCCCGUUCCAGAAAUCCUCACAGACGCCGUGAUCCACUUCUCAAGCCGCGCCAACUACGCCGCCGGCCUGGCGCUAUCAUCCCUUCUCGCGACACAAGUCGAACCUGUCCGCAACCCGUUCCCAGAAUCACCCGGCCGGGUCAAGGGGCUGCUCACACUGGCCAAGCUCCUCGCCAACGCGGCCGCGCCAGCAGCAGCAGCAGCAGCAGCAGAAGAAGAAUGGUCAUCAUCACCAUCGGCAUCGGCAUCCCCACGACAAAAGCCACAGUCGAAAGCGCUGCAGGCGGCAGAGAAGGCUAUCCUCGCCGUGCUGCGCACCAUGGACGUCCCGACGACAUGCGAGGUGCUACUACUGCUCGUCCUGCGCUCCGCCUCGUCGUCGACGGCAUCCCCUUCCCCAAGGCCGGCCACGAGUAGUGAUGCCCAGCACCAGAACAACAACAACCACCACCACCACCGCAUGCUGAUCCAGCCCUACCACCACGAAGCCCAGGAUAUCCUCCAGGACAUCCGCGCCCUCCCCGGCCGGCACGCCGAGCAGGACCUCGUGCGCAAGCUCUUGGACCAGCGCGGUCGUCCUGGUCCCGGUCUCGGCAGCAGCAGCAGCAGGACGCAGGAGGAGAAGCUGUUCCUCGAAAUGGUCAUCGUGAAGCCCCUGAGAGAGAUCGCCGGGCUCGCGCGGAGCGUCAUGGAUGCCGAGUUCGGCGGUGCUGCUGUGCAGUAG